CAGGAGCGGCAGUCAGGAGCCGUCCACGCACCGGAGAGGAUCCACUCAUCACAGGGCACCGUCACGGCCACACGAGGAGAAAAAACAUGCAGGCUGAUGGCAAGGUGGCCGAUGGCAGCCUGCUGGGAGAUGCCAAUGGCGUGGAGCCCGCGCCGAGCCGGGCCAAGCAGUCUGGGAAGUGGCAGAAGCCACGCUUCUCCAGGAAAGCACUGAUGAAGUGCUGCUUGGUGAAAUGGAUCAUCGCCAGCACGCAGCCGCAGGACAAAGGUCAUUGUCAGCAUCCGUCAUCCUGCAGAUGUCUUCAGAUGAAUUGUUCAUUCAAGGCUUCGGCUCCUUCACAACUAAAACUAAAAAAUGUAGAAACCCUGAAGUUUUAAGAUUUGCAUAUCAGUGAGCUCUGACUUUGACUUUUCUUUCAUGGAUAACGAUCAAAACCCAACACACCUUUGAUGUUCACUGCCUCCUUAUUACGUUUUUAGGCCUUUUACAAUUAAAUAAUGAUGCAUUUUCAGUUGUUUAAGAUUAUUGUGAUCAUGGGUUGCAUAAUCAAUCAAUAAUAAUUAUCUGUCUCAUUCUGUGUCUUACUGAGCUAAAAGUCUUAUUUAAACAAGUUGAAG